AUGUGGCCUUCAAGGCAUAGGCCCUUACUACUAAUCCACAGUUGGGCGAUAGAUGCAUGUGUCCCUUCUAACCUAGAUUCUAAUGUAAAGGCAUUCGGUCAUAAUCAAGCGCAUGGAUUAAUAGGCCAUGCUUUCAUAGUUUAUUCGUAUCAAAAAUCAAAAUCAAAUGAGCUUUUAUCGUUUGUUCCAUAUAAGAUUUCUAUUCUCGUUGAGCUCAUCUUAGGACACCUACAUUAUCUUUUAACAGAUGUGCUACCCCAGCCAAUCUCCCCACCUGACAAUGUCUUUUACCCUAAUCGAUUGAACAAGGUUGGCCUUAGGCCAAGUAGAAGGGGUUCUGCCUUGCCUUCCGAUUCAUGGAAUAAAGCACUGGGCAUAAAUCACAUUGCAUGA